CUUGCGAACAUUUACGAUCUUGGCGUUGUUAUCUUUGGUCAGAAGCAGAAAGAGGAACAGUCACUUUCACAAUUACCUAUGUGAGAUAAUCCGUAAUCAGGAACAGCGUUAAUAUGCAUUUCAUACGUAACGUGUAGUGCCAUUUACAUACUUUGUAAUGCUUCCUGCGAUAUUCUAGUGUUACGGAUCACUGUGGUGUGGUGGGCAUUGGAAGUAGUUACAUGUCAUGUUGGUAGGAAGAUGGAGAAUAGCGGAGACAAAGUGACACCUGUUAAUAAGACCCCUGCAUGUGUACUAUUAUUCAGUGGAAAAAGAAAGUCCGGCAAAGAUUACAUAACGGAUAGGCUAUUUGAUAGACUUGGAACAAACAAUACUACAAUGAUAAAAAUUUCAGCUCCUAUUAAAACUCACUGGGCAGAAACACAUGAUUUGGAUUUUGAAGAGUUGAUGAGUGCUGGUAAAUAUAAAGAGGAACAUAGACAAGAUAUGAUUAAAUGGAGUGAACAGAUUCGACAAAAAGACUAUGGUUAUUUCUGCCAAGCUGCUGUAGAAAUGUUUAAUGCAUAUGAAAAACCAAUAUGGAUAGUAAGUGACACUCGAAGACGAUCUGAUUUGAAGUGGUUCAAAGAAAAUUAUGACAUAGCUGUGAAGACAGUUCGAGUUUUAGCAGAUGACGAUGUCCGCAGACAACGAGGCUGGGUAUUUACAGCAGGAGUAGAUGAUGCAGAAACUGAAUGCGACUUAGACGGAGUGACUGACUGGGACUGGACAAUCAUGAACAAUGGCAAUGAACGGGAGCUGCAGGCUGGAAUGCAGAGUAUACUGUCGUGGGUCGGUGACAUUCUAAACUCAUAGCACUGAAUAUGGUACUAACUUUUAUCGUUAUGGGGCCAGAGAAUAUAAAUGUUGGACUUUCUUCUUUCUUAAGUUUAUGCUCAUAUGCCAGCCUUAAAACAAUUUGUAAAUUCUUUAUACCAAAGCAUUUAUGCUUCUCAGAAACAUAGUUUUUUAAUAUAUUUUUUAUGAGCGAGAUUGUGAGCAAAGUACAUAAAAGUGAACUUUUAUAUUCUCAUACUAAGCUUGAAUAAAAUUUUGCAUAGUCAUUAUUCGAGCUUAUAUGAUUUUCCACAGCCAGUUUCCUUCAGUCUUGUGUGGUUGAUUCACACUGUUCUUCGAUUUACUUCUUAUUAGACCUAAAAACAUUCAUCUCCCAUACAGCACAUCAGGAAAUUGUGUGCAUCUAUUGUACCUGUCAAAUGUAACCAAAUAUCAGUUGUACUUAUAGUAUUGAUUAGUCUCUGUUUACAUGCAGUGUCUCCUAUUUAUUGAGUUUACUGAGACAGUCAAUUAGAGGAUGGACCAAGAAUCCAUAGGUGCUGUGGUGUUCACUACAUUUUACAUUAAAUUACAUUAAAUCCACCGCUGUAUGAAAAGUGCUGUACAGGAAUGUACAGUAUUGAAGAAAUGAAACCCUGUGUACUAGCGAGGGUCUAAAUAAGUCAGUUUGUCGAGCUAGACUAAACACAAGUCAGCCCCUGCUGCCUGUAGAAACCUGCACAAGGUAGCAGAUGCCUGUCUGGUGCCUGAUGCCAGAUUACUGGAUGUGUCAGACUAGUGCAUGGCCAGAUUACCAAGAUUGUACAGUAUAUGAUUAUGUCAUUUAACCAUAGUCUGGUGCAGAAAUUUAUUAUUUUUGUAAACUCAGAUAUAAAAAAUAAAACAGUAUUAUUUA